AUACAAACCCUACGACUAUUAAUUACACGAUCGAAGAGUAGUACUAGUUGCUCGUCGACUAUUUUAACAUCCGAUAGCCACAAUGAGCGUUGCUUUAAACCCAGAGGCUCCUGAAUUAUAGAGGGGAAAAUAACUAUAUAUUGCCUUAUCGCGAACAUUAAAAAAUCAUUUUUUAAUGGUAAUGAUCAUCAAUCAAAACUGGCUUAACUACCAUGUGCAGAACCAUAAGAUUGUCAAACAGUUUGCCGAUUGGUAUUUCAUACAAAAAGUACGAAGGAAUUCCCGACUUUAAUACUGUGACAAAAAAAUUCAAUCAGAACGUGGUAUAUCAGCUAAACAGUAUACUUGUGACUGAGCUUCCGGCCUUCAAGUUGAGAGAAAACGACAUUGAAUUCAAUAUGGAGCGACUUACAGGAGCCAAUGACAGCAUAUUGGAUCGAAUUUAUAGUAAUAUUGACUGCUUGAACAAAGGGAUUGAACCAACCAAACAUAAUGACUUCUACAAUCCUAUUAUCACUACCAUACAGGUUGGCUCCACAACCUUUACGGGUGGCAAAAAUAUAAUUCUACCCCAGCUGCUAUUUAAGGACAAAGUUGACAACUCAUCAUCCCUGUGGGUGCCCAAGAUAUCAGAUAAGCCUAACAACAUAAAACCUCUGGCACUUCAGAUACACUAUAAUGACUGUGGAGAGGCUAUAGGAUACGAGCAUCCGUACGAGACUGAGCUUUCUCUAUUCAAACCGAGGCCCGAAUGGCUAGAACGAGACGUUGAGGAGCUACACAUGCCACCGCCGCCCGAGGAGACGAAGCUGACGUAUGUUUCCACAGAGGAAGAGCUCAAUGAGCUGCUGAAACACCUGGAAACAGUUGAGGAGUUAGGAGUUGACCUUGAGCAUCACAACUACAGAUCAUUUCAAGGGUUUACGUGCCUCAUACAAAUAACUACUGUGGGUGGCGAUUACGUAGUGGACGCGUUGGGGCUACGCGAGCAUCUUCACAAGCUGAACGAGGUCUUCACCAAUCCAAAGAUAUUGAAAAUCUUCCACGGCGCAAACAAUGACGUGCAAUGGCUACAGCGCGACUUCGGCGUGUAUGUGGUGGGAAUGUUCGACACGUUUCAAGCGGCGCGGGAGCUAGGCUUGCCGCGCAAGUCACUGUUGGCCCUGCUGAAGGAGUACUGUGAUUUGGAGAUCGACAAAACUCACCAGCUGGCGGACUGGCGUUUGCGUCCGCUGACAGAGGCGAUGAUGCAUUACGCGCGCACGGACACACACUAUCUGCUCUACGUCUGGCGCCGCAUGAAGGAAGACCUAUUUAAGAAGGAUAUGGGCAGUCCGUCACGUCUGCUGGCGGUCUUCGAGAACAGUCGCAAGGUCUGCUGCCUGACGUACCAAAAGGAGGAGCUCCAAGUGGACAGCCACCUUAGCAUAUACUACCGCCACAAGAAAGAAUUCAACUCGCGGCAGAUGGCCGCCCUGCGCUCACUGUUCCGCUGGCGACACGAGCAGGCACGCACCCUCGACGAGAGCACCAUGUAUUUAUUGCCGAAUCACAUGCUUUUGGCGCUCGCUGAGAAUCUUCCCAGGGAAGUUCAGGGCGUGAUCUCCUUGUGCAGCCCCACGCCGCCCUUCGUGAAGCAGAAUCUCCACUCCAUACACAAGACGAUCCUAUCUUGUCGCACGCUGCCCCUGGCGGACGAGACCGACACGCCGAGAGCAUUCGGCAACCGCAUGGAGGAGCUGGAGCUGGACUACGAAGUGCACGAUAUGCUCGACUUCGACGAGUGGGAAAAGACAUUUCAGCAAGACAGCACAGGUUCCGCUGGUGUGAAGAAAAUCCAGAAGCCAGCAGCUACCUUUGCAGAAAUCGUUAGCUUAGGGCUGCGCGAUCCCGUCACUCCCGUCACAAUCGUGCCGAUGUUCGACGAUAAAGAGAAAAACGCAAAUGUUAACUUAGGGCUGCGCGAUCCCGUCACUCCCGUCAGAAUCGUGCCGAUGUUGGACGAGAAAGAGAAAAACGCAAAUGUUAGCUUAGGGCUGCGCGAUCCCGUCACUCCCGUCACAAUCGUGCCGAUGUUGGACGAGAAAGAGAAAAACGCAAAUGGACCAGAGGAUGCCAAAAAUUAUCAUGUCCUGACACCGUACGAGAGAUACCAGUGUUAUCGCUUUUUCUAUCAGUACCCAAAUUCAAAGCAAAUCGAAUACAUCAGAGCAGCCUUUUUUACGAAGAAAGUCGAAGUGGAGCAGGAAACCGUAGUCGCUGAAACGAGCGAACCGCCAGCCGACGUCGAAACACUGAGCACCACAGAUGCAGAACAAAACCUCCGAAAACGCAGGGCGAAGACCGAUAACGUGAACGAACUAUCGACGAAUGAAACCACAGACAAAAAACCCGAGUCCCUCCCUACCGCGCCAGAGAAGAGACCACCAGCCGAGGUCCUACUCGGUGGUCUGAAGAAGAAAAACAAAAACAAGAAGUCGCAUAAGAAAAAUAAGCGUUACAACGUGUCCUCUCUGAAAAGCGAUCAGAAAGACCAGUUCUCCGAACUGUCCAGUUAUCAAAACAAAAGUUCCACAUUAGAGAUUAUGAACUCCAUGCCCAAGAAGAAUUCAUCACGCAAAAAGAGGCACCAAAACAAAACGCUGCCUGGCGUCACCCACCAGCAUACCAGUUUGUCCAAAACUGUGUCUAGUUGGAAGACAGGCAGCCGGGACAGUUCCCUAAAGCGCACCCCAAAACCCUACGCCUACGAGAACGCAUCAUACAUAAAGUUCCUCGAGACGAAGAAAUCCGACACUAAAACGCACAAACAUAAGAAAUAAGAUUUCUUUGCCCAGCACCGUAACGUUGGUGUGCGUUUCUAUAAAUGUAAGUCGAUAAAAAUAACAUGUAAUGUGUAUUUUUCUUCAUAUUUUGUUAAAAAAAAAAAAGGAAAACUAUAUGUUUUUCAGCACGUGUUGUGCUUAGUAUUGUAUGUGUAAUCGUGUAUUUUUCAAGGAUUACUUGGGCAGUGGAGUAUUUGCACCGCCUACCGAUCGUCCCUGAUUCUCUAUUGAAAACUUAAUUGUACGUUAUUGUAGUACAUCACUGCUGGGGUCAGCAAAAGAAGCAUUGACGGACGCACGUAUAAGCGAGACACACAUAGUCAAAGCUUAGUCGUGGCCAAGUCUUGUAUAAUAGUUUUCUCAAAUAAUGCAAGGAAAAAUUUUUUAGUAAACGCCUUUUUUAAAAAAAAAUUACGGACAACGGACAACUAUAAUUUUUCCCGCGUUAAAGUAAACAUUUAUUUUGUUUUUUUUUUGUUAAAAAAUAACUGCUGUCUUUUUGCAACCAGUUCGAAAUUUAAAUAAAACCUUUAAUGUGUUACCUCCUUGGUUGCCGUGUUUGGAUGUUAAUCGUUCCAUUUUUAAAUUACACGACAGAUAUUAGUUUAUUUUGUAAUUUAUUUGAGCUCUCAACUAAGACAGAUAUAGAUUUUUAUACGUUUUGCCUUUCUGUUCGCAUUUAUUCGGCCGUCUUCAAUAUAAUGCUAAAAUUUCCAAGCAUGUUUUUGAAAAUGCAUUUUGUAACGUAAACUUCACCAUGUACGGAGAAUUUUACGAUUCUACUGUAAUAGAGGAACAGGGAUCAUUCGAGCACAGUUGUACCAUUUUAAUAAGUAACAUCGACAGUUAGCUCAGAAAUGAUUAAUCUAUCGUCUAAUAGCGUUUAAAAACGCCAGUGUAAAACGCGCCUUGUUGCUUUAAGUUAAGGUAUGAAAUAUAAUAACAACAGUAGCUUCUUAUGAUAUAUGAAGGGAUAUAAAUGACGCGAGACAUCAACCAAUGACGGGUCGAGACGUUUGUUAUCUUCUUUUAAUUAUAAAAAUAUUAAUCAGCCAUCUUAGUAACCAUAACACAAGCUAUGCUUACUUUGGGGUUAGAUGGCGUUGUGUGUAUGAUCGUAUCAAAUUGAUUUCACUUUAUUAAUCGCGUGUGCUAGUUAUUUUCAAUAUUAUUCAAUUUCACUAAACCAGAAAAUAUAGUUUAUAUUUUCAAAUAUAAUAUAAUAAAAUAAAUCAUAUAAUAAAAUUAUAUUCGACGAGCUGAGUUCGUGUGAACACAAACUCUGUAGACUCUAUAUGAAAUCUCUAUCAUGAUAAAUAUUAUUAUUUUUAUAUGUACGUUAUUUUAUAUCAUGGAACUCCUUAAAAUAAAGCCAGCUUCUGUCCAAUAUUUUACAUACUUUUUUUUUCUUUAAACCAUACAACAAUAACAAAGAAUGAAGUAUUCAAAUCGGUUGAGUGAUUUACGAGUUUAUACGUUACAAACUUACAGCAAUAGGGUAUUUGACUUUUUUUUUAUCGCUUCAAAUGAACCACCAUGCAUAAUUUGAAUGGUUCUUUAGGACACGAAGCCCACCAGCCUAAUAUUAUCGCUUACCAAAAAUCGCUGAACAUCGAUGUUACUUAUAAUGGUAGUCUACGCUCUGCUUUUGUCAUCGGGCAUGUAUUAAGGUCAUUGCCAUAAUACCACGUAAGGUGUGACGCCGAGAUCGUUACAAGCCAGACAUCGGGUCGGGUCGUAGAGAUACGCGACUAAACGUUCCGGUACGCAUAGAAACAGCCACACCUCCCGUAUAAACUGAAUUAAUUAUUCAGUUGGUAUGCUUAUUGUACGCGUUUUUUACGGUUUUUUUUACAAAUAUCGAGGGAGCCUUUUUUUUCUCCGUCCUUUCAAAUUACU